UGUAGAAAUUAAAACAAGUUUUUGAUGAUGAUGAUGAUGUUUCUUCACUUUUCCCUUCAAUUCCUCCUUCAUCCUCUCUUACAUUUUCUCUUCAUAACUUUGAUCACAUGCUUAGCUCUAAAGAUCUUAAAGAGUUUAACGACGACGACGACGACGACGACGACGACAAUUCAUCGUAGUAGGGUGAUCUCAAACUAUCCUCCGGGCAGCGACGGAUUCCCCUUGAUCGGAGAGACGUUGGCGUUCAUCGCAGCACAUAACAGCAGCAAAGGUUUCUACGAUUUCGUCCGAACUCGGCAUCUUCGGUAUGGAAAUUGCUUUAAGACCAACCUAUUUGGAGGCACCCAUGUGUUUGUAUCAAGUGUAGAGGUAGCGAAGGCGCUCCUCGGCUCCGAAUCUGUCGAUUUCCCGAAGAGGUAUAUCAAAACAGUCGCGACGCUACUCGGGGAAGAGAGCUUGCUGUGUUCUUCUCAUGAACACCAUAAGUUUUUGCGGCGCCAGAUCGCCAGUCUCUUCACACUUGAUCACCUGUCUUCGUCGGUGAGAAUGUUUGACGAACUAACCGUCGAAACUAUGCGAGUUUGGAAGGAAAAAAGAUGUGUUAUUGUGCUUGAUUAUGCUUUGAAGAUUACCUUCAACGCGAUAUGCAAGAUGCUACUAAGCUUAGAAGAUGACAAUGAAAUGGAAGCACUAAGAAAUGAUGUUUCUGAAGUUACUGAAGCCUUGUUAGCUUUUCCCUUAAGAUUCCCUGGAACAAGAUUUAACAGAGGACUCAAGGCUAGAGAGAGAAUUAUGGAUACACUAAGAGAGAAAAUGGCGAUGAGGCGAAACGGCGUGGAGUGCAAAAAUGACUUCUUGGAGCACCUUCUUGCGAAAGACAAUCCCGACAGUGCAGAAUCAUUAACAGACCAACAGAUUUCAGAUAACAUCUUAACACUUAUAAUUGCUGGACAAGUAACUACAGCGAGCGCAAUUACGUGGAUGGUGAAGUACUUGGAUGAGAACAAAGAGGUCCAAGACAAACUAAGGGAAAUGCAGUUAGAAAUAGCCCUCAAGAACUCUGAUACACCUCUUCGGCUCGAAACUCUUAAUGAUAUGCACUAUGCUUCUAAGAUUGUGAAGGAAUCUUUGAGGAUGGCAACUGUGGUUUCUUGGUUUCCAAGAGUAGCAUUGAAGGACUGUCAGCUUGGAGGUUUUCAAAUCAGAAAAGAUUGGAUUGUCAAUGUCAACGCGAGAUCCGCACACUACGAUUCUACAAUUUAUGAUGAGCCAAUGAAGUUUGAUCCAUCGAGAUUCGACGAAGAUCCGAAGCCGUAUAGCUUCUUAGCAUUCGGAGCAGGAGGGAGGACAUGUCUGGGGAUGAACCUGGCAAAGGAAAUGAUGCUUGUUUUCCUACAUCACCUCGUUACGACAUGCAGGUGGGAGGUGACUGAUGCAGAUCCAAGCUUGGAGAAAUGGGCCAUGUUUCCGAGGCUAAGGAGUGGGUGUCCCAUUAGAGUGAUCCCCAUCAAUUGAAGCACUAUGUGUUGUUCUAUGCAAAGUGUUUAGGGAUCAAAUUGUCAUUAUAUUUUAUUUUGAGAUUGUUAAUUGUGAUUGGCACCCAGGGACCUCAUUGUAAUCUAACGUAUUGUGUAUGCAAAACGUAAUAUUAUGCACGAAAAUAAAUAAAAUAUUUUGCUAUUGUACUUUCUC